UUCCUCCUUUCCUUCCUUCGUUCCCACCACGGUCGAAGGGGACGGCGGCGGUUGGCAAAAGUUGGACGUGGAUACCGUUCUGCUCCGAGUGAUCCGUGAAUACUAACGGCGGUGUGCCGUCGAGGAUCGCCAGUUUCCGCGUGGACUUCGCCGCAACGGGUAACGAGAUCGCCUCGCGCGAUCCUCCUCACCGAUCCUUUGUAAGCGCGCGCGCGCUUGCGCGCGUGUGUGUGUGUGUGUAUUCGUGUGCACGCCUCGAGGGAAAAAUGAGGUCACCCGGUGUCAAGUUCGUGCUCCUGCUAGCUCUCGUGUUAUCCACAGCGAGGAACGCGGCACCUUCCGAUUCAAACUCGACGAGGAUCGUAACAGACGAGGAAGAUGACGAAUCGUCGUCGAAUAUCACGCUGGAAGAGUUCAAGGAGGAGUUCAAAGAAAGGUACAGAAGACUGAUACCCUACAUGACAUUCUACGUGGCCCACAACUUCGUAAACGACCGUCAACCACCGAUCUCACAAGGAGCAUCCGCGAAUGACGCGCAACAAGUUAUCCCCCUGGUGAGAAAAAAUCAACAGGCGAAUCCGCAAUUCGCCAGGGCGUACACGGGGCCACGAAGGGAGAAUAAUUAUCGCGCGAGCGCGCGGAAUCAAGAGAAGUUCGUCCCAUCGGUUCAAUACGACCCGAGAAACGUGGGGGUCGACAACGAUUACUUCACGCCCGUCAGAUACAACUCGGAGAAGAUCAAUUACGAAUACGAGUCGACGCCGUAUCAGGAUCAAAAAAUAGCGUAUCCUGAAAUACCGACGGUAACCAACGCUCAGAACUCCCGGAAGGAGAACAGAUACUAUGGAAACGCGAGACCGUUGCGACCUUACACCUCCAACGGCAGGGAACACCCGACCAGGAAGCAACCGAGCAAACCUGUCCACGGUGGUGAUCUUCGGGAUGACUACGUUCUGGAUUAUAACAACGUGAGAGCAACGGGUAGCAACGCCCCUAUUAAUUAUCCAAUCAAGGAUUUCCAAGAUCAUCGCCAAGUUCCUGUCUACCCAAACACGUUGGAACUGAUACCUGGAUUGAAGCAACCGUCGUUGCUCCCUCAAUUGCCACGAAAUCCUAACGUGAAUCUCGAGCAGAUAAUGGAGAGCUUCCAAUUGAGCGAACGUUUGCCAGAAUCGUUGAACAACGACAAUAUAGAUAAUAGCUUGAGGACGUUGGUCGAGAUACUGAAUAUUCUGCACAACACGAAGAAAGAAGAAUUCCCCCAGAUACAGGCGCCUCCUCUAACGCAGGUAGUAGCGGCAAGGGUGCCGCAGAAGCCAGCGGCCAAAGUACGGCCGCAUACGAGGCCGAAAGUGAUAACGGAGUCGAGAUUUCAGGCUACGCCCAAUCCGAUAUACCUGACCGACGACCCUGAACGAUACAAGGCAACCUCGUACGAGGAAGAAGGGAGACCGAAAGGAUCGCCUCGACCGGGUUACAACGCGAACAGUUUGACGAAGAACGUGAUCGAAUAUUAUAUCCCCGUGGUGCAAGAGAUACCGACCAGAUACAAAGAGACAUUCCUACCUACGAUCAGACCGCAGCCUGAUGAGCCUCCUAUCGAUCAUUCUUACGCGAUCACGGAAGACGUAAGGGAGGAUAUAUUGCAGAAAGAACAAUUUCCCUUGCCGUAUCUUACCACGGAGAGCCCGACGCUUUACACUUAUCACACGGAGCCCGACAAGGUUUCGACCUCGAAGCAAACUGUUCCACAGACAAGAUUGAAGUAUGGGGCUACACGAGGAAAGGCUAAUGUGGAUUAUCCAGCUUAUUCCAGUAUACCGCGUACGAAUUUUAGUUGCAAGGAACAACGGUAUAAAGGAUUCUUUGGCGAUCCAGAGACCGGAUGCCAGGUAUGGCAUUAUUGUGAUCUUAACGGUGGUAAAUCAUCGUUUUUAUGCCCGAAUGGUACGAUAUUCAGUCAAGUGGCGUUGACGUGUGACUGGUGGUUCAAUGUUAAAUGCGAAACUACGACUCAAUUGUACGUGUUAAAUGAACGACUUUACAAGUAUAUACUGCCGAUAAUGCCAAAAUUUCCGGAGGAUUUCACCGGUCCAGAGGUAGAUCGGUAUUUGGAAAUCAAGUUUAAGGAAAUGGAAGCGAAAUUGAAAGAGAAAAAGUUGAAGAAGCAGCAGGAAGAGAAAGAAAAAGAGAAAGAGAAAGAAAAAGAAAAGCUCAAGGAUAAGCAACAAGAGAAAAAAAAUGAUUGAUACAACUAAUUUAUAAUUAUUUUAGUUUGUUAAAUUAUUGUAAUUUUGCUGGUUUAAAUCUAGCAUGCAUUUACCGUAUCUUUGUUGCCAUUAUUUGUUAUAAAUAGCAACGAAUGAUUAUAGGUUGUGUCACUUAAAUAUCUUCGGAUGUGAAGAAAUUUUGUGAAACUUAAAAAUGUGCAAU